ACCCCCCCCCCCCCACAGGUGAAUUCUGAGCUACAGGGAAAAGGGUCUGAAUGUGCCGACCUGGUGCUCACUGAGUCUCAACUCACACUCACACCUGGAGGGGGCACUCACACCUGGAGGAGACACUCACCUGGGGACACUCACACCUGGAGGAGACACUCACCUGGGGACACUCACAACUGGGGCGGAGACUCACCUGGGGACACUCAGACCUGGGGACGUUACAGGUGAGCGAGUCACCCAGUGAAGCGCAGGAGCAGCGGCUAAUUGAGGGCAGGAGGGAUUGGCUGGACCCCUGAGGCGCAGGACAAGUGGAAUAUUGAAUAUAAAUCUAUGUACUGAUUGUGCGACUUCCACCAACCACUGGAUCCCUGAGUCUCAGGACUGAUUAUUGGAGGCGCAGGGGGUUGUGGAUAGGGGGGCGCAGGGGGCAGUUGGAUUAUGAUGAAGGUUCCAGCCCCCCACACACUGAGCUCCAGGACAAUCUAUCGGGCGACUCCCCCUGUGUCUGGGGCACUGGAUCGGGACAAAUAGGGGCUCAGUGUGACAUGGGCACAACUAGUCGGACUGGACAGUGUCAGUAGCAGAAAAGAUCAUCAGCCCCAGAGUUGUCUGUAGCCACUGAGCGGGGCACGAGGGGGUCGGGGGUAGAAAGCUGGUGGUGACACAGGUGAACUGGCGGUUCUCCCAACCCAAAUCCCCGCCCAAGUGAGAGGCAGAAGAGUCAGACAGGAGCCUCAUGCAGGACAGGGGGGGCAGCAAGUAUCUCUCUGAAAUGCCCCCCCUCCCCCGGGAUUCUCUCACUGCUUGAUACAGAGCUGCUCGUGCUGCUUGUCACCGUCUGUCCGACCCCCCCAACUCUAUCCGACCCCCCACAAUCCGGGAAUAUGAAGAGAAAGACUCGGCGCUGGAUCUUCCACUUCUUCCUCAGUCUGGGGAUCGUCUUCAUCAGGAUCGGAGGACUCUCUUCGGUGGUGGCCCUUGGGGCCAGUGUAAUCUGCAGCAAGAUCCCAGGUUUGGCCCCCAGGCAGAGGUCGAUCUGUCUCAGCAGACCCGACGCUAUCAUUGUGAUCGGGGAGGGGGCGCAGAUGGGAGUAAACGAGUGUCAGUUCCAGUUCAGACACGGCCGCUGGAACUGCUCGGCGCUGGGAGAAAGAACAGUAUUUGGGAAGGAGCUGAAAGUGGGCAGUAGGGAGGCCGCAUUCAUGUAUGCCAUCAUUGCCGCCGGAGUAGCCCACGCCAUCACCAGCGCCUGCACCCAGGGGAACAUCAGCGACUGUGGCUGCGAUAAAGAGAAACAAGGGAUGUUCCACAGGGAAGAGGGAUGGAAGUGGGGCGGCUGCUCGGCCGAUAUCCGAUAUGGAAUUGGGUUCUCCAAGGUGUUUGUGGAUGCCAGAGAGAUCAAGCAGAACGCACGGACCCUCAUGAACUUGCACAACAACGAAGCCGGACGCAGGAUGCUUGAAGACAACAUGAAAUUGGAAUGCAAAUGUCACGGGGUCUCCGGAUCCUGCACCACGAAAACCUGCUGGACCACCCUCCCCAAAUUCCGCGAGCUCGGCUUCCUCCUGAGAGACAAGUACAACGAAGCUGUUCAAGUGGAGCCAGUGAGAGCGAGCAGAAACAAGCGCCCCACCUUCCUCAAGAUCAAAAAGCCCCUCUCUUACCGCAAACCCAUGGACACCGACCUGGUCUACAUCGAGAAGUCCCCAAACUACUGUGAAGAAGACCCAAUGACUGGCAGCGUGGGAACGCAAGGGCGACUGUGCAACAAAACAGCUCCGCACACGAGUGGCUGUGAUCUGAUGUGUUGUGGGCGAGGGUAUAACACACACCAGUACUCCAGGGUGUGGCAAUGCAACUGCAAGUUCCACUGGUGCUGCUACGUCAAAUGCAACACUUGCAGUGAAAGAACGGAGGUCUUCACCUGUAAAUGAUUCUCUGUUGCAGCAGCGUCGGACUGGACCACCAAGAGCAGAUUAAGGCAUCAAGUUGGGUCAGUCACUUGGACUUAUAACUUGUAACAUUGAGGAAAGCAAGAGAAAAGGAGGGAGGUGAUGGAACCAGCAUCACGGUUGAGAAGAACAGGAAUGGAGAGAUCAAAGGAGAGAAGUGGGAAGAAGAAAGGAACACUAGAGAACAGGUGAGAAGAGAGGAGAGGAUGCAAUUGGAAAUUUUAGUGAGAUAAAGAAGGAGAGUAGGAACAUUAUUUUAGAGUGGCCCAUGGUCUAUGGCUUUCUGGUGGUCUCCUAUCACUCCAGUCCAACACUGAGCCAGACAAGAGGACACCCAAAAACCCUGGGAACUUAUUUUGUACAUUUGCACAAGACUCUCAUUUGCAUUCUGAACUCUUUGGAUGUGUAUAACCCCCCCCCCCGCUAUUUAUAAGGGGCAUCUGAUGUCACUCAUUCAGAGGCAGACAAAAAAUAAAUGACUGGAGUGUCAGCCAAUAAAGAACAGACACGGAAUGAUAAGAACUGUCUUCUUCUGGGGAAAAGUCAAUCACAGGGGCAAUAAUAGAUCUAUACAGAGUGUGUGUUCUCACAUGGACCCCCAGAACAGCUGGCGUCUGAGGGGAUAGGACUCCCCCACAAUGGGCCGGCGUGACUUUCUGCUCAGAGUGUGGAUUAUGCAGAUUUUGUUUGUGAAAAGACUCACAAUCAUUCCACUCUACUCUACUUCCCAGACACCCCCAGCUCCUUCCCAGACACCUCCCCCCAGCUCCUUCCCAGAGAGCCCCCCGAGUCCUUUCCAGACACCCCAACUACUCCUUCCAAGACACCCCCCCUCUCCUUCGGAGACACCACCGGCACCUUCCCAGACAGUCCCCCAACUCCUUCCCAGACACCCCCCUGUUCUUUCCCAGACACCCCCGGCUCCUUCCCAGACACCCCACUGACUCCUUUCCAGACACCCCCCUGUUCCUUCCCAGACACCCCACUGACUCCUUCCCAGACACCCCCCUGUUCCUUCCUAGACACCCCACUGACUCUUUCCCAGACACCCCCCCUGUUCCUUCCCAGACACCCCACUGACUCCUUCCCAGAAACCCCCCUGAUUGACUUCUCAAUGACUUCCCUUUCUCUGUGUCCCUAAUGCAUUGUCACUGGACUGAGCAUACUAGUUAUGAUAUUUAACAAGAUAUUAUAGAUUAAACUAAUAUUAAUUUAUUGAAUAUGUGGGGGAGGAUAAGAUCACUGCCUGCUGGAAAUAUUCUGUAUAAAAGUAGUGUAACGGCUGAGAGAUAUUAUCUGUAAAUAGAGGGUUCACCCUGAUGUUCUUGGGGGUUGAAGUUCUUUCUCUGACAUCUCUUUGCUGCUCAUCAUCUUCCUCUUCGCUCAAUAUUUAAUUGUCUGGAAGCAGUUUGGAUGCAAAAUCAGUGGAAUUCUAUUGGCAAAUCUUUCAUCUUUUUGUUAAAAAACCCCAAAAAAGAAUAUAUUUUGUAAGAGACUAUUUUUAUAUGAAUAUUUUAUUUAUACUCUUUGCUCGUCUCAUUCUAUAACCUCCCUUCCUUGGGGCACAUAACAGCCGGAGGGCACAUGUCGGGGGGUUUCAUUGGUGGGUGUAGCCUCAGGCAGGAGAAUUGUAUUGAUUAUGAUGUCAUUGAUCCAAACGCACAAUGAAUGUUAUUAAUGCG